UAAGCCCUUUUUGUAUGUAAUGUUUUGAAACUGCUUAAGUAAUAUGGCAGUGUUUUUCUAAAACGUGUUUCUAUGAUGCAUCAUUUUUAUUUAAAAUUUUAUAUUAAUCUCCAAAAUUCAACAUGCGACAUCAAAUUGCCAAUGCCAUAAUAUGAAUGCUUGUUUCUUUUAAAUAUUUUUAAAUUUUAAGCGCAUGUAUAUGCAUAUAUUAGAGUUAUGUGCAAAUUAAUGUUUAUAACGUUUUAGGCCUACAUCAAAUAUGAAAUUAAAUAUUGCAGUAUGAGUGAGUGUUUAAAUUAUAUAUAUAGUUUUUUUUUAAAAUGGAGGAUAUACGAAACCAGUUUACUGUAGAUAUUAUAGAAAGAACCCUUCAUCAUUUUUACAAUGAUGUUCAAAGUCAGGCACAAGCUAAUCAAUUUCUUAUGUUGGCUCAAAUCUCUCCAGAAGCAUGGGAUUUUGCAUGGCAGCUAUUACAUCCUUCAAAGUCAUCUGAAGUCCAAUUCUUUGGAGCAAGUACAUUACAUGUAAAAAUUACAAAACAUUGGAAUGAACUACCUUAUAAUUUAUAUGAGCCUCUUAGAGAAAAGUUACUGCAAGCAUUAUUUACUCAUAUAUCUGGUCCUCGACUCAUUCUUACAAGACUUUGCAUUGCGGUAAGUUUCAGCUUUAGUAUGUCGAAUUCAUAUUUCUAUAUUUUCUCCCUCUGUGCGAGG